AUGGGCGUGAAAGAGAUGUACGAGCUUCCAAAGCCGCGCCAAAGACGAUCACGAACGCCGAAGAUUGGACAAGCAGCCAUAGUCGUAUGCCAGAAUGUCCUACUCUGGGUCGCUUUAUAUGUCGCUGCGAGCACGAUCUACAUACUGGUCGUUGGGGCCGUAAAAUUUCAGGACAUCCCCUCCAGAGUGAUGUAUCUGGUAGCGAGCAUCUUAUCCCUACUCUAUUUAGCAACGCAGAAUGUCGCGACGCACCUGCGUACCAACGCCCGUAGCAUGAUCCAACAUGAAAGAGUUGAUGCGUACCACUCGCUGGCUGCAAAUACUUUGCCUAUACUCGUGACGAUAUGGACAGUGACGAGUGGCCUUUGCAUCACUUUCACCGCCGCGCGACAGCCGCUGUGUUCGUCUAGCCCCACGGCUGCAGCUCUUGAUCAAGGAAAAACUUGUAUCAUUGACAGAACUACGAUUGUUGCCGGUCUCGUUGGAGUAAUCGAUACCAUCAUGCUAUGCCUCCUACGCCGUCAUGUUGCAGACGCGAAUCGAUGCUUUAUAUUUGGCGUGGUGCCCGAAGACAUGCUACUGCCACUCCACCUAUCACAAAAGCGACGAACGCUUCGAGCGAAGCCAUCGGAAAUGUCUUUCAAAUGCCGAUCAUCGGUCUCCAUGGCAUCACAAGUGACGGUCACUCCCUGGAAAGGUGGUGACACGAUACCAUUCAGCGCUGAGCUAUGUUUGCCCUCACAAGGACUCGGCAUCCACACCAGCAGAUCCUCCGCGCCUGCAUCACUGCUAUAUCCCAGGCCCUCCGUCUCCUCGAUUCGCUCUCAUACGAGCCUCCCACUAUAUCAACCACCGGCUUCCCCACUACCGCCAUUACCCGUAUAUCUUCCCGAUGCAAGAAGAGCAACAACCGCCAUGCACAAGGCAAUACAUCAACCUGCGUCCUUCUCUCGUCCCAUACCGAUCCGUCCUGCCCGCAGCGACGACACUCUACGCAUCCUACCACCUCCCGUGCCUGCGUUCCAGCAAGGAAAUUUGGCCGUCCCAGCAAGAAGACCCCAAUCAGCGUCCAGUAUAUACAGCCGCGACACGACUGGAGAUUCCGAAAUCAUUCCUCGGAGAAGCCCUCGACCAUCUCUGAUUACAAGUUCUCGGACUUCCAGUUCCAGUAGCGUAGCCACUAUCAAGCCAAGCCCUCUACACGAGAUGAUCUUACCCAAGGCCUCCCAAGAAGAAGAAGAAGAAGAAGAAGAAGAAGAGCCUCCUUGCCCAUCAAAACCAAGCGAUCCCUCAAGCGAAGCUCCUAGUAAUAUUCAGCAACGAAGAAGAAGAGCUCAUUCACUCGACAGCAGCAGCAGCAGUGCCCAAAUCCCCUCCUUUGAGAAAAAUUUCACUUCUUUUCCUCCUGCUGCUGGACAUGUCAGAAAUUCUUCCUUGCCGAAUUAUAAUGCCAAGCUAGAGGAAAAACUUCGAAGAUAUGCAGAGAGUCAAAGCCAGAUUUUACGACGAGGACAGAUGGGUAUUGGUGCUGGUGGUGGUGGUUAUGACAGUUAUCACGGCAGCAAGCCCAGUUUGAUGAUGCAACAGGCUUCGAGGGGGGAAGAAUGUCCGGAGAGAUUUCGGUUUGAGUGA